AUGUUACAGUUGGAUCUUUCAUACAACCAAUUUUUCGGACCGAUACAAGAGUUUGGUGGACUUACAAAUUUGAUGUUCAUAGAUCUAAGCUCAAACAAACUAACAGGUUCAGUAAAAUUAAGUUCAGUUUGGAAGUUAAGAAGGCUUACUUACUUAGGUCUCUCAGACAAUAGAUUAUUCGUGUUGGAUGGAGAAGGAAGUAUACCAUUACUCCCUAAAAUCUUGAGUUUAGGGCUUGCGUCUUGCAACCUGACAACAAUUCCUAGAUUCUUGAUGCAUGUCAAUCAUAUCAGCACAUUAGACAUUUCAAGCAACAAAAUACAUGGGACUAUACCCAAAUGGAUAUGGGAGACAUGGGAAGACAACCUUAUACAUUUAAACCUUUCACACAACAUAUUUACAUAUAUGCAACUCACUUCACAUGUCCUUCCAACGAGUCGUUUGGAAUCUCUUGAUCUCAGUUCCAAUAGACUUCAAGGCCAGAUCCCGAUGCCAGCAGUUAGCAGUUCCCCACGAGUCAGAGAUCCUUCCUUUCAAAAAAGCCAACUCUUUGAUUAUUCAAAUAAUAGAUUCUCUUCUCUUUUGUCAAACUUCACUGCUUGUCUUAGCAAUACCACUUAUCUCAAACUUUCCAACAAUAACCUAAGUGGGCAUAUACCACAUUCAAUUUGCAAUCAUGACAAACUACAAGUCCUUGACGUGUCAUAUAAUAACUUCAGCGGGUUGAUACUUGAUACCAUCAUGUCUGCUAGAACAUAG